CCAUGAGGUCCUUGAAGUCCGCUUCUAUAUCUGAACAAGAACUUCCUAUCAGUUUCAAGGAUGCUGUAGGCAGAAAAUUUAGUUUCCCAUUCAGACUCUGUAGGACUUGGCAGGGAAUGCAAGCCCUCAUCAAUCAAUCUUUCCUCCAUACUGAAGGUCUCUACGAACAAGUAAAAAACCAUUACUAUGACCUCAUUAGUCCACAUGGGGAGAUAAUUCUUCCCACUGUUUGGCAGAUAGUAAUUCAGCCA